CACCUAAUUAAAGACACGCCCUCCAUUUUGUAUCAACUUUUAUUGCUAUACGAAUUACUAAAUUGACCAAGACUUCACAGUUGUACGUUUCCGAGGAAUGAAUCACCGGAUGCAUUAUUUUACCUCGCUCUAUUCCCAUAAAGCUCCCCACAGUCCUACAAGGCAAGUACAAAUUGCGUAUUGAAAUAAACAACGAAGAACGGGAAGGCAGGCUCGUGUCCGCAAAAAAAAAAAUUGAAUAGUGAACGCCCGAUAUGGAGCCUCUUCUAAAGGAGGCGAUAAAUAACGGCGCCACUAGAAGCUGUGAUAAGGACAGGUCUUUAUCGUGAAGAAACGUCGAAGAAGCCACGACUGCAAUCGUGGCCUCGGUUGGAUUGCCUGGUUCCGUUCCGCGAGCGUCUCCGAUGGCUUUUCUGAAAUGUUCCGUGUGGAAAUGGUAUUCAAGGGCAAAGCAACUUGGUGGUUUCCUGUAGACUUUAAAAGCAGUGCAUCCGGAACGUGAAAAAGUUAGUCAGCUGAAAUUUGUAGCUCGACUGCCGCACUGUGCGAGGGCGGAUGCAGGCUGACAGAUGUUUGGUUUCGUUUGUCGCAACCGUACAGACGUCACUAUAGCACAAAGCCGUGAUACCCCUGACUUCGCAACCCGGGGCUGUUCCCCAGGCAGCUUGUCAGCAUUCGUGUCAGUGAUCGCCGUUUUGCAGCACCUGCGAAAGUUGCCAUACUCCUAGUAUUGAAAACGUCAAGCUGGCGAAAAAGGCAACAUGAAGGAAAUAAGCUCUCUCAUUGGACCGCCGCGGUGGUACCACUUGAUCGUCUGGUCGUUGACCUUCGUGCGCGCAUUUCCGUCCUCCUGGACACAAUUCGCAGCGUUGUUUGUCGCCGCGGACGUCGAACACUGGUGCUCGAGGCCACGUGACUCGGCCUUCGCAAAUUGGACGGAGCAGCGGUGGAAAGCCGAAGCCAUCCCCGUCAUCAACAAUUCCCUGCUGGCGACCGACCCCAAGUACGAGUCCUGCAGGAUGUACCCUGCGGAAGCUCUAAUUUACAACGCUUCUGCAGUGCUCGUCGACCAGUCGAGAACAGUGUCGUGCGACGCGUGGUCGUACAACGAAUCGACACCAGGGUCGUCGGCAGUGCCAGAGUGGGACCUUGUGUGCCAGCACGAAUGGCAGCGCUCGAUGAUGACAAGCGUCGUUUUUGUUGGAUCCCUCGUAGGGUCACUCGUCAUGGGGCACAUGUCUGACAGAUUCGGGCGUCGAACCGUAUUCUUUUUCUCCGUGUUCGGAGCUGCCCUCUUCGGGUCUCUGGGCGCGGUGUCCCCGUCGGUGAAAUGGUACAACACCCUCCGCUUCUUUGCCUGCAUCAACAUCGCCGGCAUCCAGACAAGCUCGGCGGCCUUACUGACCGAGAUCUUGGACCCUCGCUUCCGAACGUUCCUGAACAUCGGCUACACGGCUGGAUUUGCCAUACCGUCCAUGCUGCUGCCCGGUGUGGCCUACCUACUGUCAGACUGGAAACUUCUUCAGCUUGUUUCUGGACUCGUCGCUUUGGCCUGCGUACCAUUUAUGAUCGUGAUCCAGGAGUCACCACGAUGGCUCAUCACGAUUGGCAGGGAGGAGCAAGCCGAACGCGCCAUCUCGAAAAUACUGAAGAUGAACCGCCGGAAGGUUCCGAACCUGAAGUCAACCAUGCAUGUGAUUGCGGAGAGAAUUCGGGCAUCUUCGACCAGUGUCUUUGGGCCUAUAGAGAUUCUGAGGCACAGAUUGAUUAGGAGGAACACCUUUCUUCUGUUUGUCGUUUGGUUCUGCGACAACUUCCUCAUGUUCGCUGUGACGCUCGGUGCCGUGGAUAUCGAGGGUAGCCACCUGGUCAACUUCACCGUGUCCACGGCGGCCGAGAUACCCGCUGCAUUCGUAGGGCUGGUCAUGGUAUACUACUGUCGUCGUAAGCCGUCUCAGGCGGCCACUCUCAUAAUGGCGGGGAUCGCAGCAGCCGCGGUGGAGUUGACGCCCCCCGGUUGGCCCUACGUAGGCCUGUCGAUGUCCAUGGCGGGUCGUUUCGUGCUCACCCUGUCGGCAUCGGUCAAGUGGGUCUGGACCAUGGAGUUGUUCCCGACAGCGGCGCGCGCAUUCGGCUUCGCCGCGUGCUUCACCGUCGGUCGCGUUGCGGGCAUCAUGGCUCCCUUCAUGAGCGUUCUCAAGAAGCAGGCUUCCGUGUAUGUGGCUGCCGCUCUACUAGCAACGGCAGCAGUCAUUGGAGCAGCAGCGGCCACGUUUCUGCCAGAAACUCGAGGCAUCGAACUUCCGGACACAUUCGACGAGGCCGAGGAGGUCGCCAAAAAGCGCACGAAGGCACGCGAUUACCAACUGACGACGGUGGAGGCAUCUGAAGAACGGAUCCAAUCCAUUGCAACAACGGCUUUGAUGAACGAGUAACACCUGGCUUACCAGUGGACGAAGGUGGCGAAAAGGGCUUGUCGGUGGAUCAUCAAGGCAUGAUAUCUGGAUAGCUCAGCAAAACACGGACACAAGAAGAAACGAAGACGAAGACAAGCGCUAACUACGAACAGCGAAAUUUAUUGGAGCACUAGUACGAUCGACCCCGGAAAUAAUUAAAUUGCGUUGUUGAGAGCGCUUGUAUUCGUCUUCGUUUCUUCUUCUGCCCGUGUUUUGCAGCGCUACCCAAAUACCAUCCCACUAUCAUCGGAGCUGGACAGGCCCUCGGGAAGAGUUCUUCGGGGUUGCAGACAAACACCCCCCCCCCCCCCCCCCCCCCGCUCCUUUAUUGUCAUGCUCCAUCCCAGCAGCGGGGAACAGUCCCCCUCAGGUAGACGCAACUGAAUAUAAGAUGGGUAGCAACGGCAAGAAAGAGUUAUUUGACCACACCAAUACGGCCUCCGAGAGCAGGCGCUUUACACGGACAAAUCUGGAAGGCUGUUAUAGCAGAUCUACGAUUUCGUUUGAGACUUUCACCGUGCUCACGUCCCUUUCUGCGGAACAAUUAAUCCAUUGACGUGCCACCACUCGCAACCAGAAGAAAUUCGUAGCCACCCAUAUGCUGCUAAAAUGGGCUCGAAAUGGCAGGUGUGAUUGAAAAUAUAAACGAGCUAAAUGAGAGCACUGCAUAUUUGGCUUUGCUUACAGUGCGUGCAGAGAUGUUAUGUUGUUGUAACGCUCAAAAAUUGCCAUUCUAUAGUGAGUUUUGUUGUCCCCAGGUGACGCGACAGUCGGUAGACCUGCGUGUCGUUCGCCAACUACUGUGUCCUGGUUCUGAAACUUGUGACCUAUAGGGUGCACUGCGGUCUAAUAUGGUUGAACAGAUCUGACGUCUGCCUACCCCGGCGCUGCAACCAUGAAAAAAAAAAAGCUUGUCAGGAGAGCUGUAGAUUGAGAGACUUCUGCGGACAGCAAGGCUGGCAUCCGUGUUAAUUGAAUAUAAAUUCUAAAGUCCCUCCAUUCAUGUAUUGGCGACCAAAUUAAUGAACUAGAGGGUGGGUAACGGACGGGUCCGAUAUCCGUAAGUGACAAUCAUAGGAAGCCAACAGACAAUGAAACCAAGGAAAGCAUGCGGAGAAUAACUGGUUUUAGUUGAAAUGUAGGAACAAUAACUAAAGAGAAAUAAAAGUGGAAGAAGAAAAUACUACUGGCCACAGGUGAAAUACGAACCCCGUCUUCGCAUUACCAAUUAGGCUACUCCGGCGCCGUUUCCCCGUCCACUUUCUUGAAUAUUGUAGGUGCAUAGAUCUCCUCCUGGGAUUGUUAGCCAGCUCCACAAUUCACGGUCUUGGCGGAAGAUGUGCAACAUACUUUCUGCCGCAAGACGUCACGUGAUAUGUGAGGUAGGGAGAUGGUUACUGGCCAACAAACCCUCGUAUGAUAUCUGAAUGCACGAAAGGGGCCCGAGUUGAGACCCUCGCUGUGUAAUGAACGAGAGGAAGGG